AUGCAGCAUCGUGAUCAAGUGGUGGCGAACGUAGAGGCAGAAAUUCAACAUUUGCAACAAGUCGAGAUGCUGUAUGCUGUGCGUAAACGUGUCGCUGAUUUGGAAAAUGCGUUGAGUCAGAAUAAACCAGCUCGAGGAGAAGACAUCGACAUGAGUGACUUGAAUGCCCUAAUCCAACCUUUUUCGGGGGAUACUGGAUACCCUGUGACGCGCUGGAUCGACGAUUUUGUAAAAAUAAUGGAUACAUACUGCGUGUCGGAGAAAAAACGUUUCAUUUUCGCCAAACGUUUGUUGACAGGAUCGGCCAGAUCAUUCAUGAUUGAGACGGCUGCUCUCACUUGGCCGGUACUGCGAGCGGAGUUGAUAGCUGUGUUCGAUGUCAGGGUCACCGUGCUCGACGUCUUCAAGCAAUUAGAAGCCAGAAAGAAGUCGAAGAAUGAGAGCGCCCUACAAUAUUUUUUCGUCAUGUGCGGCAUUGCGCGACAAGUCGAGGUGGCAACGGAGGAUAUAAUUCGAUUCGUCGUUGAAGGCUUAGGAGACAAUUCGGGAGCUGCGUCUGCAAUGGCUUAUUGCGAAUCGUUGGAAGAGCUGCGCACAAAAAUUACGAUUUAUGACAAAAUAAAGAAGGUGCCCGUCCAGCCGUCGAAAAGAGAGGAGCAACCUAAGAUGAUGAAGCCUCAAAAAACUUUGAGGAAGAACGCAUAGAGAACCGUAGAGAGAACCAUAGAGAAAACUUAGUUGAGAACCGUAGAGACAACCUUGUGGGAAUUAGUAGUGACAACCUUAUAGAAAGCCUUUUAGAAAUCCGUAGAGACACACCAGGGGAUAGUGCGUUGUUAGAUAGCAUUUGUGAAGAUCCUUUAGAGAGACUACGAGUUAUAAUGGAAGAGAACCUUAGUGAAGAUUCUUUAGAUAACAGUGGAGUUAAUUGCGAGGAUGUGAAUAGGGAUUACAUGGACGGUGGUAAAAGGGCCUGGGGAGAUGAUAAAGUUGAUAAAUAUGAGUUUCGUGAGGACGCGUUUUUGAAAUCAAUACCUUUAGUUGGAGUAGUGGGGGCAACACCUGAGGAUGUAGACUUGAUUUUACAAACGGAACAAAUGAGGGAUAAGGAAAUAGUUCGAUUGAGACAGAAACUAGAGAAUGGAACCUCGCGUAGCUUUGAGUUGAGAGAUGGACUAGUAUGCAGAAAGAAUGGAAAUGAUUCUUAUUGUUAAUAAUACAAUUGCCCUUUGUAUGUAGAUCGUGGUCGAUCUGUAGUCAGGUCGGCCGAAUGUAAAUAUUGUAAA